AUGCUGUUGCUACUCGUAGUUCUGACGGCAGUUCUUUCCAAUCAUUUUGCAGCUGCAUUGCUUCCCAGUCAAACAAGCAAUCCAUCAUCAUCACCAUCAUCAUCAUCGUCCAUACUACAUUCUUCACCCUCCAACACUAAUUCGUUGCAGAGAAGGCGGCAGCCCUAUCCUCACAACAACCAGAACAACAACAACAAUAAUAAAUGGGAGCUCUUUGUAGCAGCAGCAUCCGAGCCCAGGACCAACGAAGAUACAUCAUCAUCAGCUUCGUCAUCGACGGCACCAUCCAAAACGAAAAAAAUUCCACCGCCAAAGGCCAAGACAACAAACAACAACAACAACAACAAUGGCAACAAGAAGAAUAAUAUCAACCACAACAACAACAGCAACAACAACAACAACAACAAGAAAAGAGUCAACUACAGCAACGUGAGAAACAAACCAUGGCAAGCGGACUUCAAGACGUCUAUACGCACACAAGGCAAAAUCAAAAAGGCAUACUCGACAAGGUACAAGACGCGGACCCUCAAGGCCAAGGAAAUUCUAAAGGCUUUGCUGACGACUCAUCCUACCCAAGUGAACGCCGCCAAUGUCAUUUGUGCCUUGACCUACAGCGCCAAAUCGCUCGGAACGUCACAAAUAUCGACCGACCUUCAGUUGCGGUCCAUGCUGUUUCAAGCCUUUGACAUUUUGUCCAAAAUGGUGCACAAGGGAUUGCUCAAUACCCGGCAACUUUGCAAUGCGUGUUGGGCGAUUGCCAAACAUUACGAUCGCGAUCACGAAUUACUGCCCAAAGCUCCAGAAGCAGUGGCACUUUCCGACGAAGGUGCCAUUGGGACGGCGGUUCAAAUCAAUAUUUUAGACGAGCCAAGUCCGUUGGAACAAUCGCAAAUCUUACUAGAAGAUACCUUGGACGAUAUUGCCAGGCAACUGACGGAUAUCCUAAAUGGGGAAUUGGAAGGCCAUUACGAAGCGUGGCAAAAGCCUGCUCAAGUGGGAGAGAUUUGCAUGGCGAGCUGGGCCUAUGGAAAGUUGAGGCAUCGCAAGAAACCACCUGGUUGGCAAGAUCCACCCCAAACCGGUCGUCUGGCCAAUAGGAACAACAACAACCACAACAAUAACAACCACAACCACAACCCAAAUGCGGAUGUGAUUACAUUUGAAAGCUGGACUUCGAUUGGAGGUACUAGUACUUCCUUUGAUGGUGGCAGUACCAGCAGCAGUACCAGUGGCGGUCCUGUUUCCACAUUUAUUGACAAUGAUGUCACCAAUGCCUUGUUUGAUGCCUUUGCGGCAGCCUUGUGUGACCCUAGCAUGUCCAAACUCAUCCUUCCUGACGAGUCACAAACAGAACCCCAACAUUCUGAGGUGUCACGAUUGAAAGAUUGCUCGUGGAGUGAACUGGCCAAUUUGGGUUGGUCCUUUGCCGCACAUGGCAGUUGCAAGAGCGAACAAUCUCAAACGUUAUUGCAAAAGUUGGCACAAGAAACCUCUCGUCGACUUCAUUUCGGUGGAUCAUUGACCGAACAUUUGCUCACACGGGAUUUGGCACAGCUCAUAUGGGCGCUGGGUACCACACAGGCGGACAACUAUCGAUUGGCGGAUGAUCUGGUCAUUCUGGUGGAAGAUUUGUCCAACGAAUAUCUCAAAUUGAACUCACCACGAGCCUCCUUUAGUCGGGCCGCUCGACCUCUCAAGACAUGGAGUUGUCCCGAUUUGGUCCAAGUGACACUGGGAAUGGCCCAUUCCAGAAUUGAUGAACAACCAUUACUCCAAGCAAUCUACAAGGAGAAUAAUCAUCGACUUGUGGAAUGCGAAGUGGAGGAUGCAUCAGUGCCACAUCACCAUCGAAAAUGCUUCCAUCCUUGGGAAGUGAGUGUCCUUCUCUGGGCACAAGCUCGCCUUUACCUGAAGGAAGAGCAAGGCGAAGAUUUUGAAGAUUUUGUUGCAAAUGCUCCUGGAUACAUAUUGAGCGCGAUUGCCAAAGGCCAAUCACUGCAAUCCGUGGGCAUUGGACCGCAAGAACAAGCGAAUAUUGUGUGGUCCUUGACCGUUUUGGAAGAGCACCAAUCGUCGACUGCGAUCAAGCUCAUUCAGAAAAUUUUCCAAGAGGCCGCAGAGUCAUUGGAAGAAAAUCAAUCCAUUCAACUCGAACAUGCACAUCAACUAUGGCAAGCCUAUUUUAUCAUGGAAGAAGAGAGCCCCGAAGCAGUUAGCAAUGUACCAACUUGGUUUUCGAAAUACCUUGAGAAGAAAUGGACUCUGGAAAAAGCCAAGCUCAAGAUCAGCAGCGCGAGACAUCGAUCGAUAAGUCAAUGUCUCCAGCUAAUGGGAGUGGAUCACCGCAACGAACACGAUGAAGAUAUUGACGUGGCUAUUGUGGUAAAACAGAACGCUCUUUGGACGCACGAAACUCAAGCGGAAGGACAAUCGGAAGACGAUCUCUCGCUUGCUGUGGAGUUUGAUGGUCCUAAUCAUUUUGCACGAGAGAAGACUGACGAGGAUGGUAGAAUGUUGGCACAACCUCGCGCCCUGGGACACAGCGUACUGAAAUACCGACUAUUGAAGAAACAAGGAUGGACGGUUGUACGAAUCCCGUACUUUGAAUUUGACAAGAUUCCAUUUUGGGCCAGUAUGGAACGACAAAGAUACUUGCAACGGAAACUAAAGACGCAUGGUAAUCUCAAGUUCAGCGAAUCUGAUGUCAGCGAAUACAGUGCCAUGUCCCCAAAUCGCAAGUCAAGGUUCGACUAA